CGAGCUCCUCGUCAAACUGCGUCCGGGCUUGCAACUGCAGCAAGAGACACGUCAAAGAAAUCGAGGAGAUAUAUGCUGCCAUUUCAUUUGUGUUGUCAUGCAGGAUAACAGGAAUGGGAAGAUUCCGUUCCCACCACCCAUCAGCAGAGACAGGGUCAUCUGGGAAUUUCCAAAGUGCUACACACCUAUUGCCUCUCUGCAGCUAAAUAAAGACUGGGACAUUCAGGCUAAAGCAACCUGUAAAGACACAGCCACCAGGCAUCAGCCAUGGGACCAACAGAAAAUGUCAAAAGUGGUGGUUGUUGGAGACCUUAAUGUGGGGAAGACCUGCCUCAUUAAUAGGUUUUGCAAGGAUCUAUUUGAAAGAGACUACAAGGCCACCAUAGGUGUAGACUUUGAGAUUGAGAGGUUUGAGAUAACUGGAGAACCUUUCUCCCUUCAGAUCUGGGAUACUGCUGGGCAGGAAAAAUUUAAGUGCAUCGCUUCUGCAUACUACAGAGGGGCUGAGGUCAUUAUCACAGUCUUUGACAUGGCAGACAUUAAGUCCCUCGAUCAUACACGCCAAUGGUUGGAGGACGCCAUGAGAGAAAAUGAGCCUGACUCCUGUUUCAUCUUCUUGGUUGGUACUAAGAGUGACCUGCUGCCCUUAGAAGAAAGACAGAGGACAGAGAAGGAUGCCAUCAGGAUAGCAACAGAAAUGCAUGCAGAGUUUUGGGCUGUUUCGUCUAAAACUGGGGAGAACGUCCAGGGUUUUUUCUUCAGGGUGGCAGCUUUGGCCUUUCAGAAGUGUGUACUGAAGGACAUGGAGAAUGGGGUCCCUGCUAGAAUCGGACGAGAAAAUAGUAUCAAAUCAGAUCGUGCCAACCUGGAGGAGGCCGCGCCCCAUGACAUGAAGAGAAGCUGCUGCUGAUGAAAAGAGGAACUCUCAAACUGAGAUGAACCAGACAGAGCGUCAGCUGCAGAAAUGAAAGUGACUGACCAUGUGUCACUGGUCUGAAAUGUGCCUUAGGACAUGUUCCAUUAGGUUUCUUAAAUCAUUAAAAACUCCCAUGUAUUCUGAUGUUUGCAAAAGGUUCAACCUGUAUGCGCUCCUGGAAGCCAAUAGUUACUAGAUUGAAGCAGACAAUAAUGGACUCUUUUUGCUGAUACUGAAUCUUUUAGACCACAGGAAACCCAAGAUAAAAUACUAUAGAAUGGCAAUAACAAAUCUGAUUAGUGUGUGUCGUUAAAAUCAGUUUAGUUUAUGGUCUUCCAAUGUAGUAUUGGUCAAUUCUGCAAUAUCUGUAAAAUAUAAUCUCCAUUAUGUCCAUAAUUUCAGAGUAGUGCCUGGAACAGACUCAUUUGGGACAGGCCAAUAUUGCCCCUUGUGAAACCCUUGUAUGGAUGCUUUAGAUUUUUUUGCUACUGUCAUAGUGUUUGUUUUUUUACAUACAGUAUUGCUGUGGAAUAUGUCUCACCCAUUAUUGUGAGUGAUAAAGGUUUAAUUACAUUUUGUUGGCUGGAAUUUGGGAGGAAGGAAACCAAAUGUUUGUUUACUUUCAAGUAAUAAAAGUUUAAAUGAGUCGA